UUUAUCUUGUGAAACAUAACAUAAUUUGAAUACAUUGUUGCAGGUCACAUCAUUUGUAAUAUAAGCGAAAUCAAAAUACAGUAUUAGGAAAUGACAGAAAAGACCAAUCAAAUCCAUAACAUUCAUAAGGCCUUCUGUCUCUUUCUGAAGGAGAAAAUCCCUUUCUGUGCAAGUCAUGUAUGAAGGAAAACUGUCUCACAAGCCCUUAUGAUCCGUACAAAAUCAUUUCUGUCAGAAAAAAAAUCUGAUUAACAUUUUAAGAAGCAUACUGUCUGGGGCAUGCAUUUAUUUAUUUUACUCUCAGCCAUCUGUCUGAAUUAUUUAUUUUUUUGUCGUUGUGUUUUGUCAGUUUAUCUCUGGCUAGCUCGGAUUCCGGAAUUAGCCCGUGUUAUGGUUUCAGGAAUACAGCUAUUCAUUCGCCCUAUUCAUUUGGCAAUGUGGGGAAAAAAGCAUAGCCUAACUAAAGAGGCAUGUGAUGUCAAUGAUAACCGUGACAGAUGGAUUUAACAAUUCAUACAAUGUGCAUUUAUAUCUCACUGUUACGGUGUGAAUGGCUAAAUGCUUCGUGCUUUCACACUGAAAGGAAAAAGCCAUUCACCUGCUCAAAGCUGUAGCCCAGCUAUUAUUUGUGCAGAAGCAUAAUUAGGUCAUUGAAAGUGUUGUGGGGACUAUGAGUAGCACAUCGUUUAUUGUUUCCCCUUGUGGAGUAAGCAUGUUUCCAUUUUAUGCACCUGGAGUUUUCCUCAUGGCUGUCUAUUUGUAUUUGGUUGCCUACCUGCUUAUCUACAGCAUAUUAAAAUGAGGUUCUGUCAAUCUACAAAGUAUUGUAAUUAUUUGGUUUAGAUAAAACAAGUUUAUAUAGGUGUUGUUUUUAAAAUUAAUAUGAGUAUCCUCUACAUGUAGUCAGGUCACCAAAUGUCAAGCCCAAAGUGCACAGAUAUCUCAAAAAGAGAACGAAAAUAAUCUAAUUACGUUCUGCUCAUCUGAAUUGUAUCUCAACAAAACGUUGCAGCUGAAUCAUGGAACAUUGGUGAUUGAGUUUUUUAUUUAAUUUUUUUUUUUUUUUUUGAUGACACGACUGCUGACUGUUGGGCUGUUCAGCCCAAGAGAAUUUUGUGAAGAAAAAAAGAGAAUAUUUUCAAACAUUUUAUUAAAGAAGAAAUAUUAUAACACAAGACAUGCAAAUGUAAAAACCCAGAAACCCGUGAUCACAUCAAAUCCCACACUCCCAAAUCCAAUUUUUUGUUUGUUUCUGCUUAAAUAUUAAUUUUGACACUUCCUCUUGUGUACAGAAUGUUUUGUUGAGUUUUUUUCUUUUGCUUUUCCUCUGAGGAAUUGAAUCAAAAGGUGAAAUGAAGUGUUUUUAUGAAGCCAUAAGAGCUCAUAUCGAAGUCUCGGGAGAAGGCUAAUCCUGUGAUUCCCACCAGAAACGGACAGUGCCCCCCGUUUUAAAGGGGCUGAUGUUUACCCCGGGGGAAAAGGCUUCACCAUGACGACGGUGUGCGAGGUGGCAGAGAGCCCGGUGUUGUACAUCUUUCCAGUGAGCGAUUGCAGCGUGGCGGUGGCUCCGAGCGGGUUGCUGUACUAGCUGACCUGCUUUGCCCCUCUCGGCCAAUAAUUUACUCGCAGAGGCAUGCUGGGUAACAGAAACCCCAGGCAGCACCGUACAGAGAGAGAGGGGCAGUCUGCCUGUGGGUAUGAGCUUAAUGUCCGUGAUUACUCAAGAAAAAAUAUCUACGUGGAAUAAGGGCUCAUUAUUAUAACUUUUGAAUCAUGAAGGUGGGCGUGAGCGGUUUGCCAUGGCGACGCAGCAGCUGCCCCUCUCCCAGGAGGUCCUGGCCCAGUUCGACCACGCCCAGUCCGGCGAAGCGGGAGCGUUGCUGCGGCGACGGAAGGGGUCCGUCUCCACCCGUCGCAGCUCCCAGUCCGUGGACCCGCUCCACGCCAGGCCCCUCCCGCAACUGCUCAUCAGGGGCCCCGAGGCCGGCGCGGGGCCCCCCGGCCCUUCCUCGCGCAGGAACUCCGUCUUCAGCGUUCCCAGCUCCCCGUUCCCCCGCAGGGAGUCCCUCGCCCUGGGCCGGCGGCUCUCGGUCGCCGCCUGGGCCCCCAGCAGGCAGGUCAGCUUUUCGGGCCUGCCCCUCCCGCAGCCCGCGCGCGAGACCUGUCUGGAGAACACCUACCGGACCGGGCCGGACCAAGGCUGCAGGUUCGACGCCGAGCGGGUCCAGCGGGUCGUGCAGGACGCCCUGGACGGCUACCUGGGCGACGCCCGCUACAACGCGGCCACCGCUGGCCCGCUGAGCCAGAACCUCUCCGAUCUGGUCCGGGGGAAAGCCAGGGACGUGACCCCCCAGCGCUACAAGCUGGCCUGCCUGGUCGUCCUGGGCCAGUCCGGCACCCAGGGCCUGCACGUGGCUAGCAGGUGCCUGUGGGACACGGAGAGCGACAACAGUGCCGUGGCGGUUUUCCGAAGCCCCUCCCUAUUCGCCGUUGCCGUGGUGCACGGAGUGUACUGCGAGUAAUAAGUCUUUAGAUUUCCCGCUUUUUUUCUUUUCUCUAAUGAGACAACUCCGAGAACGUGGUACCUAAAUUAGACUACAUAUUAAAUCAGGGAAGUGGGUUCAGGUGACAGGCGGAGAGAAACCUGAAUUCACAGGGUGAAGCACAAACCUGGUACCAGCUAGAGUCUCCGAUGAUUGCUUGUAUGGUACGCUGGAAUGCACCGCUAUUUCAGGGGUGUCUGAAUGAAACCCUCAAGGACCCAUAAUUCCCCAGCACUUGGCCGUUACCUCUAACAAGCAAGGCUGGAUUUGCAGUAAAGUGAACUGGACCGUGAAGAAAAAUACCGUACGCAUGGGAUCAUAGAAAAAUCCCCACUUCCAAACGCACAGAAAUUCAUUGUAUUCCAUUCUGGAAUUAAGUGCAUGCAUAGUUACCCCGGAAAUGCAGAGCAAUGUGUAUACAGUAGAAACUUUUAUUUGGCAUGACCUUGGUAAUUACAUUUCUGACAUGUGACUAUGUUGCCUGGAAAUGGGAAAUUUGAGAAAAUAAACCACUUCCUGCUUCAGUUAAGAA